AUGGUCCCUGGCUGGAGCCGGGAUGUAGAAUCAUGCAAACUUGUCCUUCUUGACCGAUUGAUGAUCUCUUCUUCUUCUUCUUCUUCUUCUUCUUCAUGGAGUUGUCAUACCCCUUCACUGAAAAAUCUCUUGGUCUUCGAAAAUACCAUCAACAAUGAGUUGAUCAGAAGCUUGCAUGUAUACCGAUUGGAGAAUGGAGAGGGAAAUGAGGUUGAGAGAGAGUUUGUGUUCAGAAAAGAUGGUCCCUAUGUGGAAAUGGCUGCAACCCCUCUUCUUCGAUUGCAGGGGUUUCGAGUUCAGGAGCUUUUUGAAGGCAGAGUUAUCGGUUUGUGGCUCUGCAUUUUUGCAUAUCAUGUCCAUCGUCUCCCUCGUUUCUUCUUCAUUCCUUCUUUACUCUCCAUUUCCAGAAAUCCCAAGCUGAAGUCUAUCCCAACACUUACCAAUGAUCUUCAAAUGAUUUUCCAGAGGGGCUGUGGCACAGAAGAUAGAGGACCAUCUAGGGAGUCAUCUAGGGAAACGUAUACAAGUGAUGUGGAUAAUAACUGCCAGUCAAAAGGAAGUCUGCUUGUACUUGAUCAAGAUCUUAACUGCCUCCCUAAUUCAGUUGCUACAUCUGAAUUACUGAAAUCUCAGCAAACUGAACACAGUGCAACAGUGAAAAAGAAAAAAAGAGCAGACUCUAAGGAUGUAGCCGGAAUUGCUCUUGAAGAUCUUGCAAAAUACUUUGAUCUUCCGAUUGUGGAAGCUUCUAGAAAUUUGAAUGUUGGACUCACUGUUCUGAAAAGAAAGUGCAGAGAAUUUGGUAUUCCUCGCUGGCCUCACAGGAAGAUCAAAUCCCUUGAUGGUCUAAUUCGCAAUCUACAGGAAGAGACAGAGCAGCAGCAGCAAGAGGAUGAGGCUGCAGCCUUUGCUGUAGCGAAGAGGCGAAUGAUGUUGGAGACGGAGAAAGAAAGUAUAGAAAGGGAACCUUUUAUUGACUUAAAGAGCGAGACAAAGCGGUUUAGGCAGGAUAUUUUCAAGCGAAGGCACAAAGCUAGAGCUCUUAAAAGUCAGUGCCUAUCAGUUUUUCAUGAUCAAGUGACUGAAUUAGAUGAUUAAUAUAUAUGACUAUAAGUUGCUGACUUGGUGAAGACCUUUUAACUUAAAGAUUGUAGUCAGAUAAACACUUCCAUAUGUGAACUUUUGCCAAUAUAGUCCUUAUGCUCUAGGACUAGGAGUAAGUGCAAUGUGAAGUUCCCUUUUACAUCCAUUCAUGCUUCGCACAUGUAAUGGGUCUUAGGUAGUGUUCCCCUCACUUUACCUUCAUUCAUUGUUGGUGCUCAUUGUUGCCUUCCCUGGGUAUCAUAUCAUGUAGGUUUGAAUGAAUAGUUAGCUUAUAUAUCAAGCAUAUCUCUAGAAGGAAAGAACCUUAUAUGUGGGACGUAAUUAAGUUUCAGGGCUCUCUGGGGAUGGAGAAACUGAGGUCGAAUUCUUGCUGGUUUUUUGUUCCUUUGGAGUGUUCUUUCUAGUAUGUGUUUGAUUGAUCCCAUUUUCAUG